AUGACUCUGUCUCUCCUCUCCCGCUCUUUGCUGUUCGCCCCAGAGCCCGGACUGGAUCAACUCGGCAUGAAGCCCACUUUCUGUUCUGGCUUGCAAUACAUUGGCCUCGGUGAGGCGUACCGAGCAGAUCAAGCCACCACUACCGCCUACUGCCCGGAGCACCAGCCCGUCCCCCCUUUUACCGGCAUCUCGUGGCAUGACAGGGCAAAGAGGGGCCCGAGAUGUGCCGUUGCCGCGGCCCAAGAGCUGCAGUACCGCAUACAGGAAGCCGAGCAGCAGGGAGGGGAAACCACGGCAAAGCAAACCGUUGGCGCUGUGCCACAACUGCUGCUGGAGCUAACAAUCUGCUGGCUGCAGGCGUGCCUGUCCGUGUACACGUACACGCAGCCUCUGCAGGCUGAUGUUCCAGUCCUCCACGGCCCUAAGCCCAGCGACAGCCGAUGGGGACGAGAUCAAAGACCACCCACCGGGCUAAUGGCCCCAACAAGCGAGUCCAUUCGACGCCCCAGGUCUUGUCUCUGGCUAGUGCCGACGGUCAAAGCCAAAGCCUCAGCGGCGCGCGACUCGAUCCGUCUUAUUCGCUCCAUCUCUGCUAUGUCCCUCCUUCCGGUGUGGAGUGGCGACGUGCCUCCGUGA